UUACAGAUGCACUUGAUUCUUCUAUUGAUUUUACCGAUUCUUCGGUCAACGGAAGUAAUAGCAAGCGUCCUAGUUGCUGAUAAUACUAUGUCGAAGAUGGUAGAAUUAAACUCCGGCGCACCUUUUUGCGAGUUGUAUCACGACCGCGGAGUUAUUCAAAAGAUGAUUCUUGGUGCGGACCCGAAGAAAGUUCGCCAAAUGUCAAGUAAUUUAGUUGCUGACCUCGAAGAAACUUGUAAAGAAUCAAGGAAAAAGGGAAAAAACCAGCCUGCGGGCGGUGGGAUAAUUUAUCCAGGCACUAAAUGGUGUGGACCAGGUACUUUGGCAACUUCUUACAAUGACUUAGGUCAUCACGCGGCUGAAGAUGCUUGCUGCAGAGAACAUGAUCAUUGUCCAGUAGUGAUAAAUCCCAAUCAAUGUUUGAAUAGUAUUUGCAACAAUGCGCCAUUCACUCGGUCUCAUUGUGAUUGUGAUGCUAAAUUCCGACGUUGCCUUCAAAAUUUGAACACUGAAGUAGCCAAUACACUCGGUGCGCUCUUUUUCAAUGUCAUACAAGUCACUUGUUUUAAAGAAAGACGUCCGUGUUCUGAAUGGCAAAGAGUUGGUUACGGAGAAGUUGAAUCUGCAAAGAUAUGCGGACAAUACCAUUUCCGGCCAAGUGAAAAAUAUGUUCCAUUGAUGCCUUUGAAUGUUUGA